CCUUUAAAGAUGAAGUAUCAUUGGAUGUUUUUAACAGUUUUUUGUCGCGAUAAUGUUCGGUGACGGAAGAAAAAUAGUGUGAUAUAAUAAUGUGCAUUAAGGAUAUAAAUUUCACAUUUCAGUGAAAAUAUCGUCGAUUUUCAUGGGUGAGGAGCGGAUUUAAGGGUUAAUCGAGCAUUACUGCACUCUUUCUCUUAUACGGAUUGUCCGGUGUCAAGUGGAUUUCGACGAGGGUUACUAAAGGAAUUCAUCAACAAAACGAUGGUCAGUCUGGAUACAAAAUCAAUUUAUAUUUGCAUUUUUUGAUACUGGCGAAUUCUUCCAUAGUGUACACGGAAAAGGCACCCUUUUAACGACAUUGCUGAAGAACAAGAAAGCAGAUGUUAUUGGAUUCAGAUUCUGGAAUAACGCAGCUGUUGCAUAUUUAGAGGUGGCGUACUGCAGUCAGUCUGACAAAGAAGGCUGUGAUGAGGGGUGUCGGCUAAAAAGGUUGUCGCGCAGGCGUACUAGGAGCUUGGGAAGAUGCUGCCUUCCGGGAGAGACUUGUUAAGGCCGUUGCUUCUUCUAAUCAUCGCAGGAAGCACCGAGGCCUUCAAUUCACGACAAACAGAAUGCACGUUUCCUUCGCGUUGGGAGGGCACUUGGUUCCAGAGCGGUGUACGCCAAGCGAUCAUGAUAUCAAGGGACGUACUCUCCAGCAAAGGAAAGUGUCUUCACAAUGAGGGUGACAAGUUUCUUCUCGUCGACGAAAAAGCUUGCUAUCGUUGUGUCGUCAUUCAUGAGAAGCACUCAAACGUUCUGCAGUACAAAGAAACCUACUGUCAAAAUAAACACUCACUGGCGUCACUGUGCUCGUACAUAACCGGUGAUGCUUUGCUGUAUUCAAUGUUUCGUGAAGAAGCUGUGCCAGUUGCAUGUCCAUUUCAUGGACCCUUGACUUUCUCGUACAACAGAGGACAUGGCCUUUGUUCCAGUCCGCAAAGCAAUGUUGACACCUGUACAGACGAUAGCAAACUACUCUUUAGAUAUCAAGCCUGUCCAGACGUGCACGGUUCCGAAAGUUCCAAGGAGGAAUUGGAGUGUCUAGCAACGUGGAAAGAGGGCAGUAGUCGAUAUUUAGUGGGUAGAUUGAAUCACGAUCAUGCAACAAGCAAUGAAGAUCGUUACAGGUGUUUUGUAUACGAGAGAGCCGAUCAGAACGUUCAGGGGAAUUUAAAUCGUGCCACCAGCGGAGUAGGCCUCGAAAAUAAUGAACAAGAAGUUCUUCUCUCCAAUGGAUUGUCAAUGGAAAAUUCCUCAAUUGAAAUAUUUAAUGUCGCCCAAAGUGGUGACGCCACGUGCAAUGGCCUCUUCAGUCCAAUGGAGGGAUCGCGGACCAUGAAACUCACCAAAGUCUCGUCGCCAGGAAAUUGUAAAUUUCCUCAAUGGUUAACGGGCCACGGGGGUGGGGGUCUAACAUGGCACACUUUAGAUCUUGGGAGAUCGUACACUUUUCAUCCCCACAAUGCAACACUUCAUGUGACAAGAUCGAAUGCAAGUUCAUCGAGAAUUGACGGUGUUUCACUUGAUUUUCAAGAUAUUCCCGGCCAAGAGGAAUAUUAUGUGAAAAUUCUCUGCAAUUCCAUUAAAUAUCCAAAUCCAACGGAAACGAUGAAUAUGAUCGUGGCUCAUUACACUCACGGAUGUCGGAGCGGAUUUGUGUGUAUGGCAUUCUACAGGAGGGACGGUCACGUGGUGGAACUACAAACGGGAAACCCAGUUUCGAGGCCGGAAGAUGCGUGCCUUCCUGCACACUAUCAACCUCGUAGUACUCCCUUUCUCACUUUAGUCACGAGUUCGCCAGAACCUCGACAAUGUCCUUAUUUGGGAAAAUUCACGGUAACCGGUUUGAAUCGCAAUCAAAGAAACACGAGGGACGGUCGAAGGAGUCACGAGAUUCUUGGCGUCACAUUAUCACAAGAUAAGGUCAGACACGCUCAAGAAAGAACCGAAGAUCGUCGUUCACGUAAAUUGGACUUUGAACAACAAAAGAAACGCAUAAAUAAUGAAUAUUUUUCCCGUGAGCGUAUUGGACGAAGAGUGAGAUCAAGUUCACGAUCAAAUAACAAUCAUCAUCAUCAUCAUCAUCAAGAAUCAAAUAAUCAAGAUGAUUUACAAAUUCACUCGACAUUCAUAAACACACCUUUGAAAAAUACCAAUAAAAAAUAUCCCAAAAAAUCAAAUUUCAAAACAAGAGAAAUACGCCGAGCGAAAUUUGAAACUGCAAAAAAAAAUUCAUUGAAAGAGGGAAAUAAAAUUGAAAAUAGAAACGAAAUGAGUAUGAAAAAAGUAACAGCAGUGAAAAUUAAUGAGGAAAUUGAGAGAAAUUAUCAGCAUAGGAAAAAGAAUGAAAAUUUUGAUAUUGAUAGAAAUGAUUUUACGCAAGCUAGACAUUUUUGGGCGCCUGAAUUUGACGAGGUGGGAAUACCGAGUAUCCUGCAGGAUCAGGAUGACUACUUUGGGGACUAUCCAGACGAGGUGGAUAUUAUUCCCAAGAGGAGUAGCAGUGGUGGUGAUAGUGGUGGUAGUUCGACGUUGCGAAAUGACAGGUUCUUUAACUACGCUGACCUCUUGCGAAUGAAGAGAGAUUUAGAUGAUGAUGAAGAAUAUGAGGAGACAAGUGAGAGACGAGAGAAGAGAGAUGGAGAAAAUCCCCGUUGCAAUUCAGACGUGACGACUUUGACCGUUGGAUGCUCGACUGCAGACAGAAUGGAGUUUCAAAGCGAUUGCGUCGACGAUGACGUCGUCACAGCUUAUUCUUGUCAUGGAAGGUGGUUCGAUGGUGAGGGCACUCAAUUUGUGAUUGCAACGCCACUUGCUCGUAGAACGGCUUGGUCAAAUGAUAACAACAGGCCACAACCCUAUAGAAACAGUAGAAGAUUAUGUUUCAUGUAUAGAGAGAGUGGAGGUGUCGUGAGUUUAACUGCAAGUACAGACGCAUGUCACAGGGAAGUUCAGGCAUCACCUCCAAUGUUGGCCUUCAAUGCGACCAGCAUCGGUCAAUGUCUCGAGGACAAUGGCAGUAUGGGUCACCGAGCAUCGUACCUGACUAUAAGUCUAAUCGUGAUAAUUCUUGCGGUGUUUAGGUGAUUCUAAACAAAAGGAGGAAAAAAAAACAAAAAUUGAAUUCAACUUUUUUGUUCCUGUAAAAAUUUCAGGACAAAAAAAAUAUGGUAUUUAUUUUGUAUAUAAAAUAAAGAGAAUGAGAAAUACCAUAAAAAAAAUUCAAUUUCCCGAUAGAUCUGCGGUGAGUUUUAGAUUUUUUUCUCAUAUCUAAGACUCAAAAUGAUUCUAUCAGACGUAAAAAGAAAUUUUAAUUCGAAGAAGAUGCUCAAAAAGAUCAUCAAUUUUUGUAACGCAAAAGAAAAAAAAAAUUGCGGAGUUUCUUUUGCUUUUUUUUUGAAAAAAAAGAAAAAAAGAAAAAUUAGCUUGUAGGCAUGUAACUAAUUUAGUUAGUUACAUUUGUAAACUCUGGGCUAGAACCAUAUCAUGGUACGAAAUCGCAGUUGAAAUCAAGAAAUUAAAGGAGAAUCUUGUUUUCUUUUUUUUAUAGAAGCGAAUAUGUGAAAAAUUCUAUAAAAAUUAAUUUUUAAAUUUGCUUUUUUUUAAAAUUAAUGGAGAGAAA